AUCUCGCCCACGCCCAUCCACGAGAUCCUGCGCGACCCCGCAGUGCUCAGCAGCCUCCUCUCACACCGCAAGAAGCCACGCCGCGCGUCCUCAAGCUCGCAGACCCCGCGCGGGCGCACCCCAUCCUCUGAAGAUCCGCGCAAGGAGAAGCGCGAUCGGGAGCGCGAUCGCGACAGCGACAGUGCGUCGAUCCUCACACACGUGCUUGCGGAGGAGGAGCGGCAGGCGCGGCACCUGAAGGCGGUCCUGCGGCAGACGGGCGCGCGGCUCGAGGAGGAGCUGCGGCGCGCGGACCUCGCCGAAUCGCGCGCGCGCACGGCGGAGAUCACCGCGCAGGACCUCAGCGCGCGACUUGCGGCGUCGGACGCGGCGCGGCACCAGAUUGAGCUCGAUACGACGCGCGCACAGGAGGAGUGCAGGCGGUGGCAGAUGCAGGCGGAUGCGGCGGAGCGCGAGACGCGCAGGCUGCAGGCGGAGCUUGGACGUUCGGAGAGGGCGCGGCUGGAGAAGGAGCAGGAUGAGAAGGAGGCCCGGGAGGCCGCGCGGAGGGUGGAGCAGACGUUGAGGGAAUGGCAGGCGAGAGAGGCGGGCAGAGAAGAGGUGCGCAGAAUGGAGAUAAGGAGACGAGCGACAGAUCACCGUGACGAGGGGUAUGAGAACGGACGCGCGGAGGGCUACGAGACUGGCCGCGCCGAUGGGUACGAUGAAGGGCGCGAGGAGGGCCACCGGGAAGGGUACGAGACGGGGCGUAGUGAAGGCUUUGCCGCUGGCCGGAUGACGGGCUUCGAGGAGGGUAGAAAAGCUGGCUUUGAGGAGGGGUACGAGGCGGGCUACGCGCAGGGCCGGAAGGAAGAGCGAGCGCGGGCCCUCGAUGCCUUCGACCGCUUUGUCGAGACUGAGAUGGACCACCGGAGGAGCGUGUCUGACUUCGGGGAUGACCGCACUCAGCGGUGGGUUGAGGCCACCCGGAAGAUGCGCGAGCGCGAGCCAUCCCCUCUCCCCUCGCACGAAGUCCCUCACAGAGCACCCUCGGAAGUCAGGAACCCAUCCCCCGCACCGAAGCUCGUCUGGCUUCACCGACCGCUCAAUCGCCAACAGGAAGCGGGGGAACCCCUCUCAAGGAGUCUUCCCUCCAUUCCCGAGCAGCGAGCCUAG